UCAGGGCCUGUUACUGUGUGUGUGUUUCUCCAGACACAAGACUAAUGUGUUUUGUCUCUUCCAGGCGCUCCUUCCUCACCAAGAAGCUCAACAUCACAGGGAAGAGGGUGAACCUGGCCAUCUGGGAUACAGCAGGUCAGGAGCGCUUCCACGCCUUAGGUCCCAUCUACUACAGAGACUCCAACGGAGCCAUAUUGGUCUAUGACAUCACAGAUGAGGACUCUUUCCAGAAGGUGAAAAACUGGGUCAAAGAAUUGAGGAAAAUGUUGGGGAAUGAGAUUUGUUUAUGUAUAGUAGGUAAGUUAUUGCAGACCAUAGCAAACUUUUCACUUUUCAACACUUCUUUUAUAGUUUAUCACAUUUCACCCUGUAAAUGGAUCAAUCUUGGGUAGGGUAGCCUAGUGGUUAG